AUGGAAAAAAUAUCUGUAAAUAAUGGGACAACUUUUUCACAAUCUCCUCAAGUCUAUAAAUUUAUCACAGAAUGUCCAGACUAUUUAUCAUCCAAUGGGAAUGACUUCAGUUGUGGUAAUAGUAGUAAUAGUAACCAUUGUGAUAGUGAUAAUGAAUUCGAUUCACAUGGAGGAGGAGGAGGAGGCAUUGGCGUUGGAUCUAAUGACGUGCAUAUGACAAUGAAUCUCCCAGAAGUUAGUAGUCCGACUCCAACUGCAUCCUUGUCUUUUAUUCAUCCAUCACCGUCAACUGGGAGUAAACGUCGACUAGUUGUCAGCAGCAAUACUGAUGACACUAUCACCGCCAGCACUAACAAUACUACUCCUCUAGUAUUUACUCAACAAUCAUCAGAUGAACAUCAUUAUUUAUCUGGUGAAAAGUUAACACGUGGUAAACAAAAAAUCCCUAUUGAAUUUAUCUCUGAACGUACUAAACGAUAUUCAACAUUUUCAAAACGUAAAACAGGUCUAAUGAAAAAAGCGGUUGAAUUAGCUGAAUUAACCGGUGCUGAAGUCCUUCUACUUGUUGCUUCAGAGACAAAUCAUGUUUAUACAUUUGCAACACAACGGUUGAAAGGUAUUAUUGAAUUAGAGUGUGGUAAAAAAUUAAUUCAAACAUGUUUAAGUUCAAGUUCGGGGAAUUCAGCAAAUUUAUCGAUGAUGAAAACUCAUUGUCAAGAUCUCAAUAUUAAUACUACCACUAAUACUAAUGAUUCUAUUAGAAGUCAAAAUGUCAAUGAAUCGGAUAGUGGUUGUAAAAAAGAGAGAAAUACUACCAUUAAUACUACAACUACUACUGAUAAUAGUGUUAGUAGUAUCGAUACAGCUAAGCAUAAAGAUCCUGUUGAAUCGACACACAUCAGUGGGAGGAAUACCACAGUAAUCCCAAAUUCAAGCCUAGAUGGUGAUGAUAAUGAUGGCGGUAGCCUUCUACAAAUCUCAAAUUUAAAUCCUAAUGAUAUUUCCCAGGAUUCUAGUCAAAUGGAUUGUUCUAGCGUAUCUCUAGAGCAUGGAAUUAUCACUGAUAAUAAUAAUAAUGAUAAUAAUAGUAGUAAUGAUAAUACACCUCAGUUGACUUAUAUCACAAAUCCAUCGGAGACUAAUCAUCAAAUGGUAUAUGUUCCAGUGAGUAUAUUCCCCAACCCACUAACUCCAUUAUCAUCAAAUAUUCUAUUGACAACUGCUCAAAUGACCGCUAUGGCGGCUACUGCUAGCUCCCCUCCUUCUACUAAUAACAAUACUAUUCCUCAUCAAUUGCUCCUCUUACCACAGUUUAACACACUCCCAACAUAUUCUGUUCCAUCAAAUCCUGUUGUAUUCAAUAGUACUUUAUCAACAUUAAAUCAAUUGAAUAUGAAUCUGGUAAACUUUUUAAAUGUUAAUCGUGAUAUUCAUAAUACUAAUACUAUCAUUAAUAAUAAUAAUAACAAUAAUAUUAGUAAUGGACCUGUGGAGGUGUCUACAAAUUCCACUACUCUUUCUCCUCUCUCUCCUUCACUUCCUCUCACAACUGUUACAACACGGUCAAAUGAUGUUAUUUCAGAGAUUAAUCAGUAUAAAAAGGAGCCCAUGUAA